AUGGGACACGGGACUCUCGCAUGGGGACAGUUACGGCGUUGGCUGGAACUUGCUAGGGUUCUUGGAAACCUUUGCUUGCUGGGUCACGAGUCUGCUGGGCCUGGGUUGCUUGGGCCAUUUUUAUUGCUGUUUAUACAUGGGAGGGUCCACAGCGGCUUCAUGAAAGCCUUGGGGAUGCAAAAUGAUGUAGGAUGUCCAGAAGAAGUGGAUCACGAUUCAUACUACGGUGGACGCCAGGCUCCGUUGGCUUACUACGACAUAAGGGACACGUUGAGAACACUUUUGAGGAAAAAUCCGGAAGCCAAAUUUAUAGUGACGGGCCACAGUUUGGGCGGCGCGUUGGCUGCUCUUUUCCCGGCGAUUUGCUUUUACCACGACGAACGGUUGUUGCUCGACAGAAUGGAGGCGAUUUACACGUUCGGACAACCCAGAGUCGGCGAUGAUGCGUUCGGGAAUUACAUGGAUAUGAAUUUGAAAAAGCGCGGUAUAAAAUAUUACAGAUAUGUUUACUGUAAUGAUGUGGUUCCUAGGGUUCCUUCUGACCGCGUGUUCAAACACUUUGGUAACUGCGUUUACUACGACAGCAAAUAUCAAUUGUCGAUAGUUGAGGAAGUUCCAUAUAAGAACUACUUGUCAAUUUGUGGGGGUAUUUCGAUGCUGAUAAGAAGCUUCGUUCUGGGGAGAAAGUAUGGAGAAGAUUACAAAGAAGGUUGGCUUCUAUUUGCCAUGAGAAUCGUUGGAUUGUUGAUACCUGGUCUGCCUGCUCAUUGUCCCCAAGAUUAUGUAAACUCUACUCGUCUCGGUUCCCAUUCCCACCAUCAUCUUCUUUCUCACCAUUUUCACCAUUAAA